GGUCCGAGAGUGUAUGCUCGUGCCGACGUUUUUUCCUUCCGUGAGCGUGCCGCCGGACUUCGAGGCGCUGGCCGCGCGGCUGAGAGAUGCCUCCGCCCUCGAGGGCGUCGGCGGGCUGCUCGGGUGGGACGAGAUGACGAUGAUGCCGCCGGGGGCGGCGGCCUCGAGGGCGGCGCAGAAGUCCGCGCUGUCCAGCGUGAUCCACGCGAAGCAGACCGACCCCGAGAUCGCGAGGUGCUGCUGGAGCGCCUCCAGGGCUGCGCGCCAGCGCUGGACGAGUACCGGCAGGCCACGGUGCGCGAGGCGGCGCGCGCGUACAGGAAGGCCACGUGCAUCCCGGACGACCUGGUGCGCAGGGAGGCCGACCUGUCGAGCCGCGCCUACCAGGGCUGGGUGCAGGCCCGGCAGGAGAAGAGGUGGGAGCUCUUCUCCCCGCUCCUGCGGGAGUGGGUCGAGCUCCGCCGCCAGCGCGCCGCGCUGAUCGACCCCUCGAGGCCGGCUUACGACGUGCUCGCGGACGACUACGACCCGGGGCUCACCGGCCAGAGGGUGAGCGAGGUUUUCGGCCGCGUCAGGGACGGGCUGGUGCCCCUGCUGAAGAGCAUCCGGGAGCGGGGGGAGAAGCCCGACACCGCCUGGCUCCAGGGCGACUUCGACACCUCCAAGCAGGCCGACCUGUGCAAGGACGUGGCGGUGGCGCUCGGCUUCGACCUCCAGAACGGCCGGCUGGACGUGAGCGUGCACCCGUUCACGGGCGGCGCCCACCCGACCGACGUGCGGAUGACCACGCGGUUCAAGCCGGACGACAUCACGGAGGGGCUCACUGGAGCCAUACACGAGACCGGCCACGCGCUGUACGAGCAGGGCCGGAACCUCGAGCACGACGGGCUCCCCGUGAGCGCGGCGGCCGGCAUGGCCAUCCACGAGAGCCAGUCCCUGCUGUGGGAGCGCAUGGUGGGGCUCAGCCGGCCCUUCGCGGCGUACCUGCUGCCGAAGCUGCAGGCCCAGUUCCCCGACGCCUUCGCGGGCCGCGCGCCAGAGGAGCUGUACGUGGCCAUGAACGCGGUGAAGGAGGUAUCCAUGAUCCGCGUGGAAGCGGACGAGGUGACCUACCCGAUGCACGUGAUCCUGAGGUUUGAGAUCGAGAAGGGCCUCGUCGAGGGCAGCGUGGACCCCGACGACGUCCCGGCGCUAUGGAACGAGAAGAUGAGGGAGUACCUCGGGGUCGAGCCGGAGGACGACGCCCAGGGAUGCCUCCAGGACCUGCACUGGUCCAUGGGCGCCAUCGGGAACGGUGGCGGACUUUCCCACCUACACCCUGGGGGCGAUGUCGGCAGUGCAGAUCUUCGACGCCGCCAAGGCGGACCUCCCCGGUCUGGACGAGGCCGUGGCCGCCGGGGACUUUGCGCCGCUGAGGGGCUGGCUGAAGGACAAGGUUCACCGCCUCGGCAGCCUCUACCCCAAGGCGGACGACCUCCUCGAGGCGGUCACCGGCAGGGCCCUGGACCCCGACGUCUUCCUGAGGUACCUGGAGGACAAGUACAGGGACAUCUACCGGCUCUCCUGACGGAUGAGGGGGGGAGCGGAGUCGCCAUGCACGAAGCGGGUCCCGAAGGGGGAACCGCAGUGGACCCGAUCGGCGUCGGGACUGCUCGGGGGACCUGCUGAGCCUUGCGCACCACCCCCAUCUUGCCUUUUUCUCGGGAUGCGAUGCCCGGCGCGCGCCUCUGGCCUCGCUGGUCCUCGAGCGCCUGCAGGCGCGCCGCGCCCGGCUCUCCCCUGGAGGCCUCUGCGCCGUGCAGCGAGGAGUUUUCUUGGCGCGCCCGACAAUCCGGCGAUGCAGGCAGAUUGCCGUGCCAGUCGCGAACCCUCCUACUCCUGCUCCUCCUCCUGCUCCUCCUCCU